CCGGAAGUGCGUGCUUGUUAUUGUUUUGAAUGAAGCGAGUAGUAUGAGCAUAUGGAUCCGAGGAUAACCGUAUUUUAGAGCACCACCAUCCUCAUGAUGAACUUUGAGGGUCUGGACCCGGGUUUGGGCGAGUACACGCCCGGCCUGGACUCUUCAAUGGACCCGCGGCUCGACCCAGCGCUGCUGCAGGGCGUGGAGCUCGACCCCGACGCAUUGGCUGUUCCCGUGUCCGAAUCCAUGCACAUAGUGGAGGGCAUGUACUCGGAGCUGCACAGCGUGGCUGCUGAAGUUGGGAUCCCUGUGACGGCAACACAUUUCGAUCUGCAGGAGGAGCUGCUGUGGAUGGGGAACCACCGGGGACAUGCAAGUUCCUUCUUUGGUCCGACAAUGGGCCGCUACUCCUCUUUCCAAGUGCACAUGACCGAUGAUAUUCGCCACAUCCAGAGUAUGGACACAGGGGUGCUGUUUCUGACCAAAAACAACCUCAAAUGCCUCACGCGAGGAGGUUUAAUUAUGUUUGAUUAUACAACGGAGGAGGGUGCUGACAUGCACAGUUUGAUUCUGACCGAUAAUAACACAUUGUUAAUGGGGGGUCGGCAGAACUAUGUGGCCGAAUUGGUCCUCACAACAGUACAGGAAACACAAAAAUUUACUGUUGAGGUACCUGGAGUAGCCAUCAUGAGACAGUCCAAUCGCUUCUUCUUUUGUGGUCACACAUCUGGCAAGGUGUCUCUGCGUGAUCUACGCACAUUUAAAAUGGAGCACGAAUUUGACGCGUUCUCUGGCAGCCUGUCUGAUUUCGACAUACACGGUAACCUGUUGGCAGCGUGUGGCUUCUCGAGCCGUGGCCUGAAUGGACUGUCAUGUGACCGGUUCCUCAUGGUGUACGAUCUGCGCAUGAUGAGGGCCAUCACCCCACUGCAGGUCCACGUGGAUCCCCUUUUCCUCCGCUUCAUCCCCACAUACACCUCCCGCCUGGCUAUCAUUUCACAAACAGGUCAGUGUCAGUUCUGCGAGCCCACCGGCCUGGCCAAUCUGGCUGAUAUCUUCCACGUCAACACUGUGGGGCAGCUGCUGAUGAGCUUUGAUGUGUCCUCCAGCAAACAGGCGCUCUCCUUUGGGGACUCUGGUGGCUGUGUGCACCUGUGGUCCAGCGCCCCAGAGGUGUCCUUUAACAGUUACUCCAGGGAGACAGAGUUAGCGCUACCCUGCCUGGUGGACUCCCUGCCCCAGCUGGACUGGAACCAUGAGCUCAUGCCUCUGUCUCUUCUACCCAUGCCCCUCACCAGUACCGAGCCCCUGCUCUCUGAUUGGCCCACCUCCCUUAUCACACCCAGCCCCAGAUACAUUGAGAUACAAGAGCCAGUCAGGUGCCUGGUACAGAAUCAUUUGUGUCAGAAGGAGUUCUGUCUGGCCUGUGAGUUGGGAUUCCUGUUCCACAUGCUGGACUUGAGCAGAGGAGACCCCUGCCAGGCCAGUAAUUUUCUCCGGGCUUUCCGGACAAUCCCGGAGGCGUCAGCGUUAGGUUUGAUCCUAGCUGACUCUGAUGAGCAGACAGGGAAAGCCCGUCUAGGCCGUCUCAUCCAGAGCUGGAACCGUUUCAUUCUUGCACAGCUGCAUCAGGAAACACUGGAGCAGGAAGGGCCGCAGGCAUACAGAGGAGCCAGCAGCAGCACACUGGGUUCCUCGGGGGAGUCUGUGAUUGGCCGGUUGUUUGGCUGUGAAGUGGAGAACAGCAGUUUGUGUCGCUGUGGAAAGGAGACGGUUCGCUCCUCCUUGACUCUGCUGUUUACCAUACACUACCCUGAGCAGAGCUCUCUAGAUAAGAUGAUAGAGGAAUAUGACUUCGCAGAAAUCCUAAAGAAGAGUAUAUGUCUGGAGCAAAGCACACAGGCCUGGUGUGACAACUGUGAGAAAUACCAGCCAACAGUGCAGACCAGGAACAUUCGCUGUCUGCCUGAUGUUCUGGUGAUCAACUGUGAGGUGAACAGCGCUAAGGAAGCAGAGUUCUGGAAAACACAGACUGAGUAUGCGUACAACAAAGCUCUAAAGAAAGAAGCAGCUGAACCUCCCAAACCCAAAGAACCUUUACCGACAGAAUGGUGUUUAGAGGAAGAGCUGUGCAGCGUGGAGGGCGUUACCUUCGACACGCAAGCGGAGGAUAUGAGGCACGUGUGGAUCCCUCUCAGUCUGAAGAUGUGCAUUAGUAAGACUCAGGGCCUGGAGGUCAGCAGCCUGUCUGAGGGAGAGGAGCUGACUGAAAGUGAAGAGGCAGAAGGAGCGUCUGUCUAUGACCUGGUCGCCAUCGUAUCUCAUAUCCAGGAUGCUCGGACCGGAGGGAACCUGGUAGCACAUAUCAAAGUGGGCGAGACCUACCAUCAAAGGAAAGAGGGAGUAACACACCAGCAGUGGUAUCUGUUCAAUGAUUUUCUGAUUGAGCCCAUUGACAAGGCAGAAUCAGCUCAGUUUGAUGUGAACUGGAAGGUUCCUGCUGUACUUUACUACGUCAAGAGGAACUACCAUCCCAAGUAUGAUUUGCGAAUUAAGAACCCUAUUGAUGCCAGCGUUCUGCUGACGGAGGCCUCGUUGGCACGGAAACAGAGGAAGAGUCACGCCACCUUCAUACCUCUAAUGGUGAAUGAGAUGCUGCAGGCUGCAGACCUUGUCGGAUUGGAUGCAGAAUUUGUCACGCUCAACCAGGAAGAGGCAGAACUGCGCAGUGACGGGACUAAGUCCACCAUUAAGCCCAGCCAGAUGUCUGUUGCUCGUAUCACAUGCGUGAGAGGCCAGGGAACCAAUGAGGGAGUGCCGUUCAUUGAUGACUACAUAUCAACACAGGAACAGGUGGUGGACUACCUGACCCAGUACUCUGGUAUCAAACCUGGAGACCUGGAUGCAAAGAUUUCCUCUAAACAUUUGACUACUCUGAAAUCUACAUAUUUGAAAUUGCGAUUUCUUAUCGACACUGGCGUUCGCUUUGUCGGCCACGGGUUACAGAAAGAUUUCCGGGUCAUAAACUUGAUGGUUCCAAAAGAACAGGUGAUUGACACCGUCUACCUCUUCCACAUGCCUCGGAAACGAAUGAUUUCUCUGCGUUUCCUCGCAUGGUACUUUCUCGAUCUGAACAUUCAGAGCGAAACUCAUGAUAGUAUCGAAGAUGCACGGACUGCCCUACAGUUGUACAGGAAGUACUUGGAGCUGAGUCAUAAUGGAGGACAAGAGGAGUUCCGGAAGGUUCUCAAGGCUCUCUAUGAGAAAGGACGCAAGCUAGACUGGAAAGUUCCAGACAUUGACUCUGCAGAUGGUCAAGGUAGCCCAAAAAGUACAGCCGUGUUUCCCUCUGUGAUGGGGUUAUGAUUAGACCCGUGUUGGUUGUAUUCCUGCCAAACAGAUGCCAGCUCAGCAGUCAUUUCUUGUACAGCCUUUCAGUUCUCCUCUAAUAGCUCUUGAGCCAAAUUACACCUCUUAAUGAGUAUAUGUCAUUAUCUUUAGAUGGCCAAUCUGAAAUAAGGCUUGUUAUACUGUGUUAGAAAUGUCUGUUUUGUUAUGAAAAAAACUGUUGGAAUCAAAGGAAAGGGUUUUCUCCACUGCUUUGUGUAGCCUGUAAGUGGUAUUAAGAAGAAUAUGCAUAAGGAACAGGAAAAAAAUUGUUUUCAGGACUGAGACCCGAUUCAAAACUCAUUAACCAAGUGUUUGUUUGCUCGUGUUUGACUCCACGGUGGCUUUUUCACCAAGGUAUUUAUAUUGUGUCAAAAAACGGCACUUAUACAGAAUAAGAAUUACUGCACAAAGAAUAUAAAUUAAGCAGUCAAUGGAUUUACGGUGUUAUUUUCUAUAUUGUAACUAUGAAGUACACUUUCAUGAUGUGGCAGCUGAAUAAAGACUUUUGG